AGAUUUUGAAAGGAAUAUCAUUUGGUGUUGAAGAUUUGUAAAUACAAUAAUAUGAUUUAAACUAAACCGUAUAAAAUAUUUUCCUGUAUGUCAAUGGCAAAACUGGCGAAAAUUGAAACAACAAAAUAGCAAGAGGCGUGUGUUCGAUGCUAAUAAGCAAUAUGUUUAUAAAAGAGUGUACUCAUACAAGGGAGAGGGCGAGCGCCCAAAUUCGCAUCCUUGAAAUAGUCCUUUUCUUGUCACAGUAUUAUUGCAUUUUGAUGUAAGCCAGGCAAUGAAAUGAAGGUUUGAAGAUCAUGUCGUUAUAAAUAGUAAAGAUAAAGAUCUAGAAAAUUCUUAAUUUUACAAUGGUUUGUUUGCUCGAAGAAGUGCAAUUAUGCACGUCUUUCAGGUGUCGAUGUCUUUUCUUCACAGACCUGGGGCGGCCUACAAAAAUAAUCUAUUUUUCUAAAAAUACCGUAUCACAAAGGUGUGACAAAAGCGAGUCAAUAUUGAAAGCGUUAAUUAAGCAACUUUGGGAUACUUUGCAAACAUCUGAGAGAAGCUGAUAUUUUUCCCACCUGAACAGUCACCGGCCCUUCGAACCGAUGAUCUACUUGGGAACGGCACAAGCUUUAUCUGACACCUAGAUAGAAUGGCAAUGAAUAUGAAACAAGGCUGAUACUACGUAAAAAAAAAAACUUAACUUAUUAUAGAGUCCAAACUGAAAUGGCAAGAUGCAACCGUGGACAGCUGUUUUGCCCUGGUUGGGCAUCGUCAGCAGGGUAUAACAGCGAAAAAUAGAGCAACCAGCAACCAACUCAAAUCCAAAUGUUUGCGGAUUGGUCAUCGUCACAUGCAUGCACAACACGUGACUGUGAACUAUUCAUGCACACUCUUGAUGAGACCAGAAAGCGAAACGACGACCAUCCCUGACCAUUUCACAUGGGUGUUCCGCAAGGGGCCCAACCCACCGUGCGUAUCAAGUUGCUCAAUUUUCGCUUUUGAACCACAGAGCAUUGUCUAAAGUUCGAAAGAACCAGACACUGAGCCUUAUGGAAAGCAAGUGAAGCUUAGCCUGUUUCAGGCUCUCGGUCAGUGGGGACGAUCGAAAAGGCAGACGGGUGACAAGCGGCGUCUGCUAUAGAUAAAGGAGAGGUCAACCUGCUCGUCGCUGAUCCCGCUUGUCGCCCGCCCGCCCUCUUUUUCGAUCUUCCCCACUGAUCGAGAGCCUGGAACACGCUAGUGAAGCUGAACUUGUCGACCAAUGAAUAUUUUGUAACGAAUCAUAAAUAUCUCAGCUAGUUAAGUGAUUUUUUUUUGUGGCGCAGCUCAAGUUCCUUAAAGCAUGCAAAUAUCUACUGGUGGCAAUGCAUCUGUUGUCAAUCUUACACCCAUUUUUGACUAGCAGAUUUGCCUAUGUCUAAUUAGUAAAAUGGCGUCUCGACCGUGUUUGUCAUUCCUUCUUUCAAGUGAAAUAUGAAAAAGAAGUGAAAGAGAGACGAGGGCAUAGGAUAACAUUUCAUCUAUCUUCAAGAUGUAACAGAAUGUCCCAAGACCUAACGGUGAUUAGGAAAUAUAGGCAAAGCAUGCAGCCCAUGGUUUGCAGGAUUUGGUAGUCAUUGCAACGGGACGAACGUGUGGGAAUGCUUUUUACUCAUAGAUGCCAUUAUUGAAAAAACUGCGCAUAAAUUUUACUGGGGUUAAAAAGUUGAUAUCAAAACAUCUGACGCCAUUCUUCGCAAGCACUUAACGAAAGAGCUUUGUCAUCGCACUUGCAGCCUUUAAAAGAUACAAGGAAAAGAUCGUUACUCCGGGAGCCAAGAUGUUUACUCCUCGCAAGAAAAGCAACCGAACAGGGAAAAAGCAGCCUCGCAAAGGAAAAGCGCGCAUGUACGACCAUAGACGCCACAUUUUUUCCAAGCGUGCGCUUCAAGAUGACGUAGCAAAGCCCUGGGCCGCUGUGGGGACCUGGUUUUUGGGUCCUAAAGCUGAGAAUGCUGAUGUGUUUACAGAUCUAAUGACAGAAGCCAUUAACUCGCAUUUUAACUUCCGGAAGGGUUAUUACCCAUGUGACCCUCCCUAUGUAACGGAUGAGUUACGGGAUGCAAAGUCUUUCCAAAUAUCGCUUUCGAAGAUGAAAACAGAACUGGAUAAGAUGCAAGAAGAACUGCAAAAGUCUGUCCCUUUCUUUAGCACGCGAUACAAGGGCCAUGUCAACUGGGACACUGCAGUUCCAGCGAAUCUUGGCUACAUAGCUUCGAUACUAUGGAACCAGAACAACUGUGCAGCUGAGGGAUCGCCAGUAACGACCACGUACGAAAUCGAGGCAGGUGGAGACUUGUGUGAAAUGAUAGGCUUGAAGAGAGAAGACAGCAUGGGACAUUUAGUGACAGGUGGAACAGUUGCAAACAUUGAAGCAAUAUGGGUGGCAAGGAAUCUCAAAUACUACCCAUUGGGACUUCAAGAAGCUUUGCUCAAAGAUGAUCAAUUAUCAAAAGCAAGUGGAUACCAGGUACACCUACCUCAAAGAGGAACUACCAUUAAAUUGGUGGACGCAACACAAUGGGAACUCCUCAACCUUGAUGCUGACAGUAUCAUCAAGAUGCCAUUCGAAGUGGCAGACCAGGCUGGUCUUACACCGGGAGAGUUUCGAAACAUUAUGGACAAUUACAUCUACGAGUCCAUUGGUGUUCAAGAGUUCUGCCGCCGCCACCAGCUGACCAAAUCGCCGUGUGUUCUAGCUGCCAGUACACACCAUGUCUCUUUGGUGAAGGCAGUCAACAUCGUAGGUUUGGGGAAAGGAAGUCUCGUCACUGUUCCCGUUGACGUAAAAGCGCGCAUGGACUCUAAGAGGCUGAAGAAGAUUCUGCUAGAGAAGAUGAACAAUGAAAUUCCCGUGAUCAGCGUGAUAAGCAUCAUGGGGACAACGGAAGAAAGUGCCGUUGAUCCUUUGAAAGACAUCUUCGAAAUAAGGAAAGAACUUAGCACGAAGGAGAAGGGGCUCAAUUUCACCAUUCACGCAGACGCUGCGUGGGGAGCAUAUUUCUCUUGCAUGUUACGUGACCCAUCAGUGGGUGAUACCAUGCCGACUCCUCAAGAAGAAGGCUUCGUCCCUGAACUCUUCCUGAACAAUCACGUGAAGAAACAACUGAUGGUUCUUAACCAGUGCGACACAAUCACUGUGGAUCCACACAAAUCCGGCUUCUGCCCAUAUCCAGCUGGAGCAAUUUGCUACCGUAACAAGAAUCUAAACAAUUUUCUUUCUGUGGCAAGUGACGUGGUGUACUAUCACGGAGAUUUCACCCUUGGUGAUGUUGGCAUAGAGGGAUCAAAGCCAGGCGCCGCCGCAUGCGGAGUAUUGCUGGCUAACAAAGUGAUUGGUCUCCACAAGAACGGGUACGGCCGUAUUUUAUCGGAGUGCAUGUUCACCUCGAAGAUCCUGUACUGCUAUUGGGUGUGCAUGGCAGAGGACUUUGACAAUUUUGUUCUUGAAACCACCAAGCCGCUACCACAACGAAAGGUACCUGGGGAGGAUGUUGACUACAAAACCUUCAUAAAAGAGAACAUACUGGGAAAAACCAACGAGGAACUCUCAAAGGACGAGCAUGCAAUGGCCGUUUUACGGAAGAUUGGUCCAGACACUUUGAUCCCAUGCUUCUCGGUCAAUAUCAGUGGGAAUGAAGAUGUUAAUGUAUGCAAUGCCGUUAAUACUGCAAUUUUCAACGAUCUCUGUCACGACUCUGCCGACGAAUCUGAACAGCGAAUGCCUAUGAUUGUGACGUCCUCUACGAUGAAAGAUCACCAGUACAGCUCUGCAUUGGAGCACUUCAAGAAAAGGCUUGGGCUGAACCCAAAGAACAAAGAUGGAGUGAAGUACAUAAUAACUACUUGCUUGGACCCGUGGUCCUCCUCCAUGGAAUUCAUGGACGAUUUAGCCGGCAUCAUGAGAAAUGCAAUCCUGAAUGCCAUUGGAACUGUCACAGACGCACCUGACGUCCACAGCUUCGUAAGCACAGACAGGGUGAACGCAGAGAAAGACGUCUUUGUAUGUUAUGCGGGAAACUUCAAACAAACUGUGCGCGAGUACUUCGCUGUUGCUAGGUUCAGGUUCCUGUCGGACGACGAUGUGGCAACUUUCAAUACCACCGUGGAGAAGUCUGGUAGCGAGUCGACACCGAUAGUGUUACGAAAUCUACAGAAUGAACCAAAGAGGCUUCAUGACCUACUGUUUAACGAUUCAGGGGAGGAACAACUCAGCGUGAAGUUUGACUUCUUCGUUGGCCUUGACAGUGGCGCACCGUUCAUGACAGCUGACAUGAAGAUUGUUGAUGUACCGCGCUAUGAUCACUUUGAUAAAGCUGAUGAUCUGUACCCUGAGAAUGCCACAUACUUCAUGUACGGUGACGUGGGCAAUGCUUACUUGUUCCACACUCCAACAAAGGACCCGGAUUACUUGCAGAUUGUUAAACUGACAAAAAACCCUCAAGGAUUGGGUGAGCCUACAGAGGCAGCUGUGAUUCUCAAGCAAGGCGUGGAUGCUGAGCUGCUCGGAGUUCCUGGAUCACCAACUGAGCAAGGAGGGAAAAUUGUGGACCCCCUGACAGAGCAUAGUUACGACCUACAUUUUGUUGGAAUCCAGGGGGAGGAAAUUACGACUGGUGUUGUGGUGCAGAAGAAGAUUUGGUUUGAUGGCGAAUUGUUGAACAAGUAGUGAAGAUUUUGUCAAGCAUAAUAAUCUUACUGAUACAUCAUUGAUGCUUUAAAAAGCAUUUCUGUCGCCAGUAGGCUUUGUGUCUAGGUAGGGUGAGAACAAUUUCUGAGUGUAAUUUGAACUUUCACAUGGAGCGUUUUUGCUGCACGCGAAAUAGUCGAAAUAGCUGAGAAUGAUACUACUGUAGUGUUUCACAGUCAAAGAUCAUUACGUUUAUUACAUUAUAAUCUUAAUCUAUUGUAGCGUAGUAGUGUCCCCAAUUAGCUUCUGUAAGCUAAAUACUUACCCUGACACUUAAAUAAAGUUAUUAUUAUUAUUAUUAUUAUUAUUA